CUGAAUAUGAAGUUAAAAGUGGAAGAGAACACAAUAGUGUCAUAGAAUAAAAGAAAAAGAACCUAGCAUUGUAAUGGCGCCUACUGUUGUUGAGAGAGUUGAAAGCUUAUCGGGCAGUGGGAUACAAUCUAUCCCAAAGGAAUAUGUAAGGCCAAAAGAAGAGCUGGCAAACAUAGGCGACGUUUUUGAGGAGGAAAAGAAAGUUGGGCCUCAAGUUCCGACGAUUGACUUGAAAGAUAUAGACUCGCCGGACGAGUUUGUUCGGGCCAAGUGCAGGGAGAAGCUUAGGAAGGCAGCCGAGGAGUGGGGGGUGAUGCACUUGGUGAAUCAUGGGAUCCCGGACGAGCUCCUAAACCAAUUGAAGAGUGCUGGGGCAGAGUUUUUCUCUUUGCCGGUCGAGGAGAAGGAGAAGUAUGCAAAUGACCAGGCGGCCGGGAAUGUGCAAGGGUACGGGAGCAAGCUGGCCAACAAUGCCAGUGGUCAGCUUGAAUGGGAAGAUUACUUCUUCCACCUUAUCUUUCCAGAAGACAAGCGUGACCUCUCCAUCUGGCCCAAGACACCAUCAUAUUAUACGGAAGUUACCAGCGACUAUGCAAGGCGACUAAGAGUGCUUGCGAGCAAGAUACUGGAAGUGCUAUCUCUGGAAUUGGGUCUCGAAGAAGGAAGGUUAGAGAAGGAAGUUGGUGGAAUGGAAGAGCUUCUACUUCAGAUGAAAAUCAACUACUACCCAAAAUGCCCCCAGCCAGAGCUAGCUCUUGGAGUUGAAGCCCACACCGACAUAAGUGCACUCACUUUCCUCCUCCACAACAUGGUCCCAGGCCUGCAGCUUUUCUACGAAGGAAAAUGGGUCACGGCAAAAUGCGUUCCUGAUUCAAUCCUCAUGCACAUUGGUGACACCACUGAGAUUUUAAGCAAUGGUAAGUUCAAGAGCAUUCUUCACAGGGGUUUGGUGAACAAGGAAAAAGUUAGAAUAUCUUGGGCAGUGUUCUGUGAACCCCCUAAGGAGAAAAUCAUCCUCAAGCCACUGCCUGAGCUUGUGACUGAGACCGAACCAGCGCGGUUUCCGCCACGCACUUUUGCUCAGCAUAUUCAUCACAAACUGUUCAGGAAGGACCAGGAAGCUUCAGCCCAAUCCAAAUGAAGCUAGCGUCUUGAUCUCAUUCAAUAUUAUUCAACCUUGUUGGCAUUGCGGGCAUGUUCUGUUAUGAGUCUUCUUGGCUGGUGAACUUUUGUUGUUUUGUUGGAAUAAUAGGCCAUCUAUAUGGCCUUAAUGUUACAUUUUUCAAUAACAAUUCUUAUUAUUCAUGUAAUUUCUGGAUUUUGUUGAUAGCAUUGUGUGUUUCGUGAUCAUCUAAAUUGAGUUCCUGUUUUCGUAAA